UUUGUACAAUACCUCACUUCCUCAGCAGCUGCUGCCAUUGCUGUGCUGUAUGAGGAAAGAAGGGAGGGAGAGGCAAAGAGACAGUGGCAAAGAACGAGAGAAUAAGGGGGAGGGAGUGACAGAGGAGCGGAACGGCUCAAAAAGAAGAAGAAAGGGUUAGCUGCCCCUGGAGGAAAUCACUGUGAAGGGGCCUCAUAGCGGGGAGGAAGCUAGCUAGGAAGGCAGGCAGAUCAGCAGCGGUUCUAUGGCUCAGUCGGCUGCUAACGGGGUGGACCGGGAUCUGGCUAGCAAGAGGCUGCACUCAAGGAUGGAGGCCUCUUGCUUGGAGUUAGCCUUGGAAGGAGAGCGGCUGUGCAAGGCGGGGGACUUUAAAGGGGGAACAGCAUUUUUUGAGGCAGCCGUGCAAGUCGGCACAGAAGACCUGAAGACCCUCAGUGCCAUCUACAGCCAGCUGGGAAAUGCCUACUUUUACCUCAAGGAGUACGGCAAAGCCCUGGAAUACCACAAACAUGAUCUUACUUUGGCCAGAACAAUAGGUGACAGAAUUGGAGAAGGAAAAGCCAGUGGCAACCUUGGUAACACAUUAAAAGUGUUGGGGCGCUUUGAUGAAGCUGUUGUGUGCUGUCAAAGACAUCUGGAUAUUUCUCAAGAGCAGGGCGACAAGGUUGGAGAGGCCAGAGCACUGUAUAACGUAGGAAAUGUGUUUCAUGCGAAGGGCAAACAGCAGUUAUGGGGCUGCACCCAGGAACCAGGGGACCUACCCCCUGAUGUUAGAGACACACUGCAAAGGGCCACUGGCUUUUAUGAGAUGAACUUGUGCUUGGUCAAAGAACUUGGAGACCGAGCUGCUCAGGGGAGGGCCUAUGGCAACCUUGGCAACACCCACUAUCUGCUGGGAAACUUUGUUGAAGCUAUCAAGUUCCACCGUCAGCGAUUAUCAAUAGCCAAAGAAUUUGGAGACAAAGCGGCAGAACGGCGAGCCUACAGUAACCUAGGCAAUGCCCUGAUAUUCCUGGGCCAAUUCAACACAGCCACGGAGUACUACAGGAAAACUUUGCAACUAUCCAGGCAGCUGAGGGACCAGGUGAUGGAGGCUCAGGCCUGUUACAGCCUUGGAAACACCUACACUCUUUUGCAGCAGUAUGAGCGGGCCAUAGACUACCACCUGAAACACCUGUACAUAGCCCAGGAGCUCACUGAUAGAGUUGGUGAGGGCCGUGCCUGCUGGAGUCUGGGAAAUGCAUACGUGUCUUUAGGGAACCACAAACAAGCUCUCCACUAUGCUAGAAAGCACCUGGACAUCUCAAAAGAAAUUGGAGACAGAAAUGGGGAACUGACAGCGAGAAUGAAUGUGGAGCAGCUGAUGGAGGUUCUGGGGGUCAGUGAGAGCGACCUUUCACCCUCCAGUUCAGAGUUUGAGAUGCAAGGAGCAAGACCCAAAUUCACCAAAAGAAACAGCAUGGACAGUGUAGAACUGUGGAAGUACUCAGAUAAGAAUGGUGAGAACCAAGACUUGGAAAGUAUACCCAGGAGAUCCAAGAGUCAGCUGUCACAGCCAGGUAAAAGAAAAGGCUAUCCUGACAGUCAGUCAUCGGAUGAAAGGCCAUGGUUGGACUCUCCUGUAGACACCGAUGACAUCACUGUGCAAGUUCCGCCUCCAGUACCAAAGCUGGGCCGUGACCCCUCCGAUGAAGACUGCUUCUUUGACCUCCUUAGUAAGUUCCAGAGCAGCCGCAUGGAUGACCAGCGCUGCCAACUUGAUGAGUCACAGAACGGAGACAACGGAGAAGGUGCUGCCAACUCCGUGCCGUCCCUGAAUGAGAUGAUAGAUCCUGCGAUUACCACUUCCCCCCAGACCGAGGAGCUGUUUGAUUUGAUUGCUAGCUCUCAGAGCCGCCGUCUUGAUGACCAGCGGGUUAAUGUUGGUAACCUUCCAGGACUGAGGAUUACCCAUAACAAUCUGGGACACCUGGUGGGUGAGGGAGAUCAUCAAGAACCCAGCGAUGACUUCUUCAACAUGCUUAUCAAGUGCCAGUCCUCUAGGAUUGAUGAUCAGCGGUGCUCCCCACCAGAAGAUGGCCCCCAUGCCCCCACAGUGCCUGACGAAGACUUCUUCAGUCUAAUCCAGAGGGUGCAGGCCAAGCGUAUGGAUGAGCAGCGCGUCCAGCUGCCCACAGACGACCAGGACAGCCCUCAGUCCCCUGAUCCAGAGCCACCUGGUAGUUUUUCCAGCUAGGACUCGGUGAAAAAAUGCUCCACAAAUUCAUGUCAAAGAAAAUAAAUGCGGAUCAAGUGUAAGAAACAUGAGCCAACAUUUAAAGACAGCAUUAAAAGGGUGAACUAACAAGAUUUUUAAUAACAAGACAAAUUUAAUGUGCAAUAGGUGGUACCCUGUCAAAUGUUGCUAGAUGUGUUAUGUUCUAAAUGUGCGUAAAAGUAACAGGAAAAACAAGCAGAAUUUAGGCUUGGUGGUGGGGAGACAUGAUAACAACAAACAUGAAAUAUUUACUCAAUCGAAUGCCUUAAUCAGCAGUUUUUCAGACUCAAGAUUGUAACCCCUGGUGUCAGAUGUGUUUUUCUGUGAAGCACAUGAUAGGCAUACAGUGCAAUGUGGAAAAUUAGUGUGGAGACCUUGAGCACGAGUCGCUAAAGUGACAAAGAUUUAAUGAUAGAAACACAGUUGAUGAAAACAGCAGAGAAAUUACAGAUUUGCACUGAAAACUUGAAGCAGUUUUAUAGAGACAUGAUUGAUAAUGCAUACACCAACUGUGUUCAGGUCAGUUCUGAUCAAUGCUGCUUUUAUCAUUGAAUUGUUGUGGUUCCCAUCGCUCAUAGAAAACUGGUGUUAUUUGUGCAGUAACAGUAUUAGGGAUGUCCAUCCAGUGUUAAAGAAACUGCUUUGGUCAGUUUAAACUUCCCAACGAUUGAUAACCACACUUCAUUUUUUCUUUCUUUUGUUUUUCUAAAAAGAAUCUGAUUCAUUUAAAUUGACAGUGAAAUGAGUGAAAUAUAAUUUUCCACAUAAAUAUUAUUUAUGUGCAUUUAUGCAUUUAUAAAAAUACACCUCUUUACACAGUGUGCAGUAACUGAGGUUACUGAGCAAAUUAUAUGAAAUAGCUGCUUAUUUUAUAGUUUCAAGAUUAGAGUUGUGUGUGAUCAUUCAAGCUCAAAUUAAUGUUUCUGCUUAGCUUUUAAAGUAAUGCUAUCCGCUGCCCAUAAUGUUCUCAACAUCUGAUAACAGACUACUGCUUACUGCUUGUAUUAUUAUUAUUUCUUAACAUAGAAAUAGAAGCAGAUGGAUAAGGUGGAUGUGUCGUAUUUUGAAAGGUCUAAUACCGUGAACAAUAUUGAAGCACUAAUUCUAGGCUGUGCUGCUGGUGUGCUGCCUCCCUGUGGUCAAAACCAUGUAUUACAUCUGUGAAAUAUAGCGUGCAGUCCAUUCCCUACCCUUGAACAUUGUAAUAAUAAUAUUGCGUUACGGUGCAAGUAUGAUGAUUCUGAGAACUUUCCUCUGGUUUCAUCAAAAAAGAUUAGCCAACUUAUACCAUAAAUGUGGAGGUUUUUGCAAAUAAUCUUAUUUGGUGUCAUUUCAUUUGUUGCUAGGUUCCAAAAUCAGAGAAACAUUUUGCUGUACAGAACAUCUGUAUAAUGGUACUGUACAAAAACUGACCUUACCUAUGGGCUUGCUUUUUAUUCAGAAGUAGUGCAUACCUCAUUUUUGUACCUCAAAGCUUAUGAAACUUAGAGAUAUUCUGAACCAGGAUGGAUCAUGUACCUAGUUCAUUGGUACUUUUGAUUCAUCUAUCUUUAAUAAAACAACACAUUGGGAGCUAAAGGUAAUUUUUUUUUCUGUUUUUUUGUGAAUUAACAUUUUUAGAAAGUACGCUGGUACGCUUCUAUUUGUCUCUGCCAUAAUUUGUACAUAUAAAUAUAUUUUGUAUUUAUGUUCCAUUUGAGGACAUGAAUAUGUCCCCUCAUGCUUUUAAUAAAAUGUUUCAGAUGUUUC